UUAAUGAUGCGUUUCUUUUGAUCAGUGGCUCAGGGGGUUAACAUGAUAGACAACAUCACACGCAGAACAUACAACACAACCCACUGCAUGCUCGCAUGGUGACGUAAUCCCGUGAAAGAGCACGCGCUAUUCGCAACAAUGUCGCGCACCAAAACACAUCAGCGCCGUCCAUCCAGCCGAACCCGAUCCCGAGCCCAAUGAGACCCAAAUCCGCGGCAGCUCGAGGUUUUCUAUCAGGAACAUUUAGAGGGGGAUAUGGCUGCUCAAGAACCGUCUCCACCCUCCUCCAUGGAGAACAACAAGCCAGGGUUUCCCAAAAAGAUCCUGGCCAAUAAACUUGAAGACAAACAUUUAUGCAACUGUUGUCAAAACAUUUUGAGGAGACCGUUCCAAGCUCAGUGCGGCCAUCGCUUUUGCUCUUACUGCUUCAACCGGACUGUGGGAUCUGGACCACAGAAGUGUAGUGCUUGUAUCAAAGAGGACAUCUUUGAAGAGCCUACAUCAAUUCUCAAACAAGGCUGUGCGUUUCCAGACAACGCGGCUAGAAGAGAGGUGGAAAAUCUCCCAGCCGUCUGCAUCAGUGAGGGAUGCUGUUGGAAGGGAAGCAUCAAAGAUUAUGAGCUGAACCAUGAAGGGAAAUGUGAGUUCAUGAUUCUGGCCUGUUCCCUGUGUAAAGAGCUCAUCAGACUGAACGAACAGGAACGUCACAAUGAACGUGAAUGCCCCGAGAGAACCCUCAACUGUAAAUACUGUAAAGAGCCAUUUCACUUCAAAAACAUCAAGGCACAUGAUGAAAUCUGUCCCAAAUACCCCAUGAUCUGUGAAGGAUGCGCCAAGAAGAAAAUCCCAAGAGAAAAAUAUUUUGAUCACAUCAAGUUCUGCAGUAAAUUCAGGACACCAUGCAGAUAUCAUGUGGUCGGCUGUGAUAUGUUGGUGGAAAAGGAGAAGAUCCACGAGCACGAGCGAGCCUGCGCCCACGACCAUCUCAACCUGCUGCUGCACUGCAUCAUGGGAAUGAAGGUCAGUCUGGAGGGUCUGCAGCCUCAGAAUCUGGAGCUGGCGGGUCACAAAGCGCUCGAGCUCCAUAAGGCUCUGAGAGACCUGGAGGCCAGAGUCAGUCAGUUGUGCGCCAUCCCGGGCCCGUCCGGACCUCCCGUGCAGGGGGUCCCCUCAUCUUCGUCCUCCACACCGUCGUCCUCUGCGUCUGCCUCCGGGCAGCCCCCUCCUCCUCUGCCCACCUCCUUCACUCCUCUGCCCAGCACAGUAGGCGCCGCCCUGGAGCUUCAGCUGCACAGCGAGAAGACCAAAGUGGCAGAACUGGCCCGGCGCUGUCAGGAGAUUGAGGUGAAGGCGGGGACGUUUGAAGAUGUGGUGUGCGUACUGAACCGUGAGGUGGAGCGCUUCGCCACAACCAUAGAAGCAAGCAACCGGCAGCACAGACUGGAUCAAGACAAAAUAGAGGCUCUUAGUAACAAGGUGCGUCAGCUGGAGAGACAGGUGGGUGUUAAGGAUCUCACGGUGGCCGAGAUGGAGGGCAGAUUACGCGAGAUGUCUGCUACCACUUUUGAUGGCGUCUUCAUCUGGCGAAUAUCAGACUUCACUAAAAAGAGACAAGAUGCUGUCGCUGGACGAGCUCCUGCCAUGUUUUCACCAGCAUUCUAUACCAGUAAAUACGGCUAUAGGAUGUGUUUGCGCAUCUAUUUGAAUGGAGACGGAACGGGCCGCGGGUCUCAUCUAUCUCUGUUCUUCGUGGUCAUGCGGGGGAUGAGUGACGCUCUUCUCAAAUGGCCAUUCAACCAGAAGGUCACCCUGAUGCUGCUGGACCAAAGUAACAGAGAGCACAUCAUCGACGCUUUCCGGCCCGACAUCACCUCCUCUUCAUUCCAGAGGCCGGUCAGCGAGAUGAACAUUGCCAGCGGAUGUCCUCUCUUCUGUCCGCUGUCCAAGCUGGAGGGCAAGAACUCUUACAUCCGCGACGACACCAUCUUCAUCAAAGCCAUUGUGGACCUCACCGGCCUUUAGCUGUCGGUAUCUCACGUCGCACACUGUUAGCAAAAUGGUCUUAUUCUCUUUUCAGAGCUGCUUUACUCUGCCAAGUGGUUUAUUCCAUUACAUCGCAAGUAUGUGCAAACACUACGACUGCACAGACUCAGAAGGGGACAAUAGAGAUUUGUGUAGGGAAACACUGGAAUUGAACGUGAAGUCCGCUCCAGUUAAAAAUGGAUUUAAAGGGCCGGUGCAGAAUGUGGCCGCUGAAUACUACCUGUUUGUUUACUUUUCAGUGAAAUUGCAGUACUCCAGGUUCCAUUUACCACAUUACCAUGUUUAUGCCGAAUUCCCCCAGAGCCGAAAAUGGGACUCUGUGUGAAUCUGCGGUUGAAUGUUUCUAUUUGCAUGUUGAACAUGAAGUGUGGCCAACGUACUGUUUUUACAUCACGGCCUGUUUGUUCUGUUCGAAGAAGGGUUUUAUUGUUGUGACUGUAUCGAGGAUAAUGAUCGUGGAUUUCUUUUUAUUGGUGUUUGGACACAUCUGUGGAAGAUAGUUUGAAGUGUUACAAAUCUUAUUAUGGUGUUAGAACAGCUUGGCAGACGUCUCGUGCAUAUUUAUUAUAAACAAAUACAUUUUGUAUAUUUAUAUGAAACAAUGACAGCUCUUGUUACUUUUGUAUAUAGGAAUAUUUAUACAGUUUACACGAUACAUCAGAGCUUGGGUUUGUAGUGCCGGUUUCAUGGAGUUUGUAUUUUAUUCCUUUUAAACGGUUCACUGCCAAAUGACGUCGAGGGCAGUUUCUGUAUUUUGUAGGAUCAAAUUGAGAAAUGUUUACACAGGACCAAGCGUUUUGCUAUACAGAUAUCUUUUGUAUUUAUCAUUGACGUGUAACUUCCGUUUAUCACAAUCCAUUCGCAUAAACCAGUUCUGACACUAUUGAAACUUCUCUGUGUAUGGGAGGCGUCAAUCUGCUAUAUGAAAUAUAUAUACCGCAAGCAGUGAAGGGCACUGCAUACGUUAGAAAUACAAGAAAUUAAAUAUAAUGCUUAUUAUUUUAAAUAAAAGUGCAUAUAUAUCAUAGUAAUAUUAUAUAAACCUAUAAAUCUUUAUAUAUAACCAUACAAAUUCAAAGUAAGGAUUUAUCUUCAUACACGUUUGUACAGUUUACUUCUAUUUUAUUACAUUAAAUGGAUAUUAUUAUUUAUAUAGAUGUACAUGGGCUUGAAAAAAGUAGUUGAAAAAGUAUUAUUGUUAAUUGGUCAGAAAUUCAUUUGUAUGCUCAAAUCCCUGUUAUAAAUACUUGAUCACAUCUCAAAGCUGGAUUGAAAUUGCAAUACAGUUAAAGGGGUCAUAUGGCAUGAACACAUGUUUUUCUGUGUCUUUGGUGUUUUAUAAGUUGCCCAUGCAUGUAUUAGACACUUAAAUUGCAAAAAAAAAGUGUCUGAACAAAAGAUGCAUUCUAUCUAAAAGCGAAUAAUCAUCAAGACCUGCCUGAAAUGCCGUGUAACCCCCCCCCACACAAAUAUCCCCAAUCUCGUAGUAUUAUUUGACUAAGACCGCCAAAAUGUAAACACAAUUAAGGUGGGCAUUCCUGUCGGUUCAAUUGCAUUGGAACCUAAUGUUCCAAAUAUGGUAAGAGGCGUUACAUUUCCGUCACACGGUUGCAGUAUUCGACCAAUCACUACACACUGGUUAACUUGCCAAUCAUAGCACACCUUGCUUUUCAGAGCGAAGAGCUUUGUUAAAAAUCUGUGCGUUUCAGAGAGGCGGGGCAAAGAGGAGAUACAAACAUGGACGGUAUGGGGAAAAUACAGCGUGUUUUAACCUUAAAUCGUGUAUAUUCAAUGCAUUACAUCUUAAACAAACCAUAAUAUUAUUUUUAGCCGUGUCAUAUGACUCCUUUAAAGUUUAACUUGGGUGAAAAAAUAUAUGUAUACCAGAAAUUAAAUGAUCUGUCAGAAUUCUGUGACAACAUUUGUUCCGAAUAUUAAACGGUGUUGGGCCUUAUAGGUAAUUUGUCUUUUGAGGGAAACUUCUUAAAUGUUUGUUUAAAACAUGCAAUGUUUUUGGAAACCUACUGUAUGUCGAUUUUUUUCAAAUUGGAUUCUGUUAUUUGUGCCAAAUUAAAUUGUCAAGCAUAUUAUGCUCCUAAUGAUAUCUAUACCUGUAGAUGGCAGUUUACAAUAUUUUGUUGCAUUAAUAAACGGAACUUAGCUAUAGGUAAAAAGUUGUGAACAUUGUUAUAUUUACCAAAAACUGAGCCACAUUUAUGAAUGUCAGUGCAAGCUAUUUUAAGAUCACAAUACUGCUCACUCUUUGAUUUAUUUCUGUAUCUUUUUCAUUUUAUAGUUUUAUUUUUGUAUGUUUGAUGCAUUUUGUG